UUCUGUUUCUUACGGUCCAUUUGUGCAGAAGUAAACAUCCGGUCAAAAUGGCCUACAAAGCCAGGUUGCAGGAGUUUUCGGACACAUUGGAUGCGGAAGUUAUCGACCUCAAAAAACUUCGGAAACUUGUUUUCAAUGGUUGUCCUGAUUCAGGUUACAGAUCAAAAUGCUGGAAGCUGCUUCUGAGUUACCUGCCCAGAGAAAGAAAACAUUGGAAAACAGAACUUGAAAAACAAAGGAAUACCUACAUGCAGUUCAUAGAUGAGAUGAUUAUAAAACCUGGAAGAGAGGCAACAGAACACGGUGGUCUGGCUGAUGUCACACUAGAUGACCAUCCACUGAACCCCAACCCGGACAGCGAAUGGAGAGCCUACUUCAAGGACAACGAGAUGUUGCUGCAGAUUGACAAGGACUGCAGACGUCUGUGCCCAGACUUUAACUUUUUCCAGUGUGCUUCUAAACAUCCGUGCAGUCGACUGUGUGGCAAGAAUAGUUUUGAGACUCUGCGGAAACGGGUGGAACAGACUGUGUUACAGUCCGAGUCCGUCUCUAGAAACAGAUUAGGCAUAACAAACAUGUCGGCCGUUAAACGUAAGAGCAGCAGUGAGUUUGUUCCCCUGCCUGACGGUCAGGAGGCCCAUUGGGAGGUGUGUGAGCGCAUACUGUUCGUGUUUGCCAAGCUCAACACAGGCCUCGGAUAUAUACAGGGGAUGAACGAAAUUCUUGGUCCAAUAUACUACACAUUUGCUACAGAUCCAGAUACUGAGUGUGAAGAGUUUGCAGAGGCAGAUAGUUUCUUUUGUUUCACAACACUGAUGUCAGAGAUUCGUGAUAACUUCAUUAAAACCCUUGACGAUUCCCAGUGUGGCAUUGGAGGCCUGAUGGACCAGCUGAUGUCGCAACUAAAGGAGCAGGACCCCACGCUGUGGCACAAGCUUCAAGAGCAGGACCUUAAACCACAGUUCUAUGCCUUCAGAUGGCUCACACUUAUGUUGUCUCAGGAAUUUCCCCUUCCAGAUGUGAUACGAAUAUGGGACUCACUGUUCUCCCAAGAAAAAUGCAGUACAUUCCUUAUUAAAGUGGCGUGUGCAAUGUUGUUAUUAUUGAAAGAUGAUUUAUUACGUGGAGAUUUUCCAAGCAAUAUGAAACUUGUACAGAACUUCCCCUAUUCAACCUUUGAUGUGCAAAAAGUGCUCAAGAAGGCCGUGGAGAUUUCAAGAUGAUUGCUCUUGCAGUCUGUGUGUGUAAGGAUGUGUGUGGCUCAUCGUCAUGUUGUUGAAGCAAGUUAUCAGAAAGAUUGCUCAUUACGGGCCAUUAGACUCAUGUGAAACACAAUCGAAACUUUAAACAAUAUAUAUCAUGUCUUUUUUGUUGCAAAUGAUCAUAUCAGAUUUGAAUAGUUAUUUUUUUCAUUCGUUGAUAUUAAUUGUAAGAUUUGCAAUAAUUAUCAGGCAUAGCCAUACUUCUUGUGCUCUGUUACUGCUUAUCAUGGUGAGACUGACAAUUCUCAAAUUGAAUUGCUAGCCAACGAUUGUAGUUAUAAUGAGUGUGCCAGUUUUCUUAGUAUUAUGUUUGCUUACAAUAUGUUCAUUUUAUGUAAUUCCUUGAACAAUAAGUUGCAUUAUCUUAAUACAUCAUUAAUUGAAAAGUAA